GCCUAGGCAUGGGAAGGCGAGAACGUGCGAGGCUGUAGGAGGGACGGACAGGGACAAGAGGCCUCCUGGCCCAGCUUCUCCUCCUGGGGCCACAGGCAUUUGAAAAUACUGAUACCUUACUGCUGGGCAUUGCUCACCCUAAAGCUGCUGCAAUAGAGAGAUCCCAGAACCACAAACAUGAGCCAGCCAAAACGAUAAGAAUUCUUGCCAAAUCAGACUCCCAGAUAUCUGUCUCCAGAGUUCAGAGGAAGCACAAUGGCAGUUGAAGAUCAGCUAAAGAUAUGUGGCCACAAGAGGGAUGUUGAUGUCUUUGAGCUGUUCCUUUCUCAAAAGGAGCUGACAGAUGUUAUUGAUCUUUCUAGGUUUAGAAAAUUAAAAUACUUAUGGCUGCAUCAUAACAAGCUCCAUGAAAUAACAUUUCUAACUAGAAACUAUUGUCUGACAGAAUUGUAUCUAAACAACAAUGCAAUUAUUGAAAUAGAAGGCCUGCACUAUUUGCCUUCGUUGCAUAUACUCCUGCUGCACCACAAUGAGUUAACAAACAUCGAUGCAACAGUGAAGGAAUUAAAGGGAAUGCUAAAUCUGAAGAUCCUAAGUCUCUACCAAAACCCUUUUUGCCAGUAUAACCUGUAUCGUUUAUAUAUCAUCUACCACCUUCCAGGAGUAGAGUUUCUUGACCGAAAUCAAGUUACAGAAAAAGAAAGAAGAUCAAUGAUUACCAUUUUUAACCAUAAAAAGGCUCAUAUUCUUCAAUCAAUAGCAUUCAGAGGAAAAGUAGAUGCCUCAUGGAAUCCUAGAUCACCUUUAAAGCAAAAACCAGCCAAGACAGUACCUACAGAUUUUGCAUUUGGGAAUAGUGUAGACAAAAUUGUGUUUGAUGACCCAGAAGAUGCUGUUUUUGUCAGGUCCGUGAAGAGAUCAGCGAUGGCUUUUACCUCUCUGAACUGGAACACAGUUCCCAAACGGAAGGAAAAAUACCUCGAAGACAAAGGUGCCAAACCUGCUCAGAUGCUCACAAUUACAUUGAGAUAACCCCUGGUAUUUCUCGGAACCCUGGUGGUUAUCAGUUGUGUAUUAAACUUCUCCAUGAUUAGCAUUGUUAUUAUGACGUUAUUUGAAACACUUAAAUAAAAACAUAAACGCUAUAAUGAACAACAUAAACUGAUAAACAAAAACAGAUCCAGAGACAGAGAAGCAUCGAUCAGAUCAGACCGUCAAACCUCAGAGGGAAAGUAGGGGAGGGUGAGGGUAAGGGGGAGAGAUCAAUCCAAGGACUUGUAUGCAUGCAUAUAGGCCUAACCAAUGGACACAG